AGAGUUGAAUUAAUGGAUUAAAAUGUCCUGAGUGCAGCUGAGUGACUGAAUAGGCUACUUUUUCCUUUAUAAAGAGAGACAGGAGAAAAUGUCAGUGAAGAGAGACACUCCAACUUCUCCAUGAACCCGAGAACCAUCACAGCUUUAGAUUCAACGGGGACAUUGAAACUAUUUUAUUACAUAAUAACUCUGUAACAUACGAUCGGAACCGGUACCGACUGACAAUUCAGCUUCAGAGCAACCGCUGACUUGUGUUUGGUAGCCUAAAUUCGGUCUUAGCUCCUGAAACUUAAUUUGAUUUGAACUUUUUGUAACAACUGUAAUGUGGUUAGGCCUAUUCGAGUUACAAUGGAAAUAUGUAGAACUGUAAUCAGGAGCGAAAUCUGUAGACAAUGAACGUUGGGUCUUGUGAACAUCCGUGUGAGAGAACUGUCAACAAGUGCGCAUCGCUUCAAUGCAUGAGGUCGUACCGAUAGACCAAAAAAGGCAAAUAGCCAACUUGCUCAUUCCGCUACAUCAAUUUCUUUUCAUGGUUUUCGGGCGAUACAAACAACUUUUUCCAAGUCUCAAAAUUGCAUUCAACAAUUGCAACAAAAGCUGCAGCCAUGACCUCGGCCACUCCCCCGUCCUCACGUGGCUCCUCCCCCGAGAAGGUGUGUCACUCAAUGACGCAGACGGAGGUUCUGAAGCCGCUGCUGGGGUCGGUGGGGGUGGCGGCAGGGGAGGCAGCGACAACGGUCUGUGCGCUCCGACGGAGACGGCGUGUUCUCUCCAAGGACGGGCACAGCAACGUGCGCAUCGAGCAUGUGAGCGGGCGCGGGGCGCUGUACCUGCGUGACAUCUGGACGACCUUCCUGGACAUGCAGUGGCGCUACAAGCUCUUCCUGUUCUCGGCCACCUUCGCCGGGACCUGGUUCCUGUUCGGGGUUCUGUGGUACCUGGUGGCGCUGGUGCACGGAGACCUGCUAGAGUUUGACCCGCCGUCCAACCACACCCCGUGUGUGAUGCAGGUGCAGACCCUAACGGGGGCGUUCCUCUUCUCGCUGGAGUCCCAGACCACCAUUGGCUACGGCUUCCGUUGCAUCACAGAGGAAUGUCCUGCUGCCAUCAUCCUCCUCAUCCUCCAGCUUGUCAUUACCAUGGUUCUGGAGAUCUUCAUCACAGGAACCUUCCUCGCCAAGGUGGCACGGCCCAAGAAGAGAGGCGAGACAGUGAAGUUCAGCCAGCACGCCGUGGUGUCCAAUCACGAGGGCCGACCCUGCCUCAUGAUCCGAGUGGCCAACAUGCGCAAGAGCCUGUUACUGGGCUGCUCGGUAACAGGGAAGUUGCUCCAGACAUCCCAGACCAAGGAGGGGGAUACGGUACGACUGGACCAGGGGAACGUUCACCGCCAGGUGGACAUGUCCAGCGACAGCCCCUUCCUCAUCCUCCCACUCACCUUCUACCACAUCAUUGAUGCCAGCAGCCCGCUCAGAGCCUGGGCCGCCAAGGGAGGGGGAUGGACGGAUCCGGAUCUGGCAGACUUUGAGCUGCUGGUGAUCAUGAGUGCCACGGUAGAGCCCACCUCCGCCACCUGCCAGGUGCGCACCUCCUACCUUCCUGACGAGAUCCUGUGGGGUUACGAGUUCCCCCCCGUUGUCUCUCUGUCCCCCUCGGGGAAGUAUGUGGCCGACUUCGCCUUCUUCGACAAGGUGGCCAAAACAAAGACCACCCCUCUCUUCAAACCGGCCUCGCCCCCAAGCCCAGCUAUGCGCUCCUCCCGUUACCAUGGCAGCAGCAGAGGGAGCGAGGAGGAAGGGGCAGACCCGGAGAAGAUCAAACUGGAGGAGAGCUAUAGAGGGGAGGAGAGGGGGAGGGGCAGGGGGAGAGAUAGUAGUCUUCUCAGUGUCCGUAUCAGCAAUGUCUAGAGAGAGAGAGAGCACGAGUAGGAUGCAAUGAGAGAGCAAGGAGAAAGGAGAAAUGAUUUGUAUGGAGAUUGAACAAUUAUCAAGUGAGAAAACAUUAUGGAAUGCAAUAGAGAUGAACUGCUCCCCUGUUGGGAAACGUGAACACAAAACAUACACUUACACACAUGCGCUUGUGUUUUGGAUUUUAUGGGAAUAUAUCACCCCUUGUGGUUGAUAAGGAUUUCCACAACCUGGAAAGGGACAACAUACUGUACAUCCCAUCUGGGUUUACUGUACUGUAAUCAAAGAUGGACUAAGGGGGCUUGUUAAACUUCACAUGUCUGUAUUUUUUAAUGGAAGUACUUGUGUAACUAUAAAGGUUGACUGGUUUAUGUGAACAUAACAUGGUUUACUUGGACAUAAUCACAGAAUCAUGGUACUGAUUCUGUUUUUUUACACAAAAAGGUACUCUGUCCGCAGGAGAUGGGAGUGGAAGCACUGGAAAACACUGGAAAACAAAACAAUUUUUCUUUAAGGAUUUUUACUGAAUAUAUCAUAUUGUAUGUAUGCGUAUUUGUCCCUAUCGAUGCAACCAAUGGCAGUACUCAUUCUUCUGAAUAUAUGUUCAGCAGGGCUGGGGUAAAUUAUAUUUCAAUUCCAGUCAAAAAAGUAAAGUAAACCAAAUUCCAAAUCCAAAUGUUCCUUCUUGAAAAGCAUUGAAAAUAAUUGUAAUUUCAAUGUACUUCCUCAAUCGUCUGGCAUUGAAAUGGAAUUGACACCAACCCUGAUGUUUAGAGUUUGUUCUUUUAUGUUUUCUUUUCACUGGAAUAUAUGCAUUGAAGAUGUAUGUUAACAAUACUAAAAGCACUUUAACUUGGCGGAAAAUUGUACUUUACACAAUGGAGUGUAACUAACUUCCUAAUUUCAUGCGCUGUGUGUGUGCAAGCAUGUUUAUAUGAGUCAAUGUGAGUGCAAUUCUGAAUGUGUAGGUUCUUCUUAUUCAUACGGCACUUCAAAACCUGAACAAUUCCGUGGCCAUUCUAAAACGUGCCACUUAACUAAGCCUUUUGAUAUGCCAAUGUAAUUUUUACAGUACAGUCGUGGCCAAAAGUUUUGAGAAUGACACAAAUAUUAAUUUUCACAAAGUCUGCCGCCUCAGUUCGUAUGAUGGCAAUUUGCAUAUACUCCAGAAUUUUAUGAAGAGUGAUCAGAUGAAUUGCAAUUAAUUGCAAAGUCCCUCUUUGGAGAGCGAUUCAAUGGUUGUGAAGAAGGCUUCAGGGCGCCCAAGAAAGUCCAGCAAGCGCCAGAACCGUCUCCUAAAGUUGAUUCAGCUGCGGGAUCGGGGCACCUCCAGUACAGAGCUUGCUCAGGAAUGGCAGUAGGCAGGUGUGAGUGCAUCUGCCGCACAGUGAGGCGAAGACUUUUGGAGGAUGGCCUGGUGUCAAGAAUGGCAGCAAAGAAGCCACUUCUCUCCAUGAAAAACAUCAGGGACAGACUGCUAUUCUGCAAAAGGUACAGGGAUUGGAUUGCUGAGGACUGGGGUAAAGUCAUUUUCUCUGAUGAAUCCCCUUUCCGAUUGUUUGGGGCAUCCGGAAAAAAAGCUUGUCCGGAGAAGACAAGGUGAGCGCUACCAUCAGUCCUGUGUCAUGCCAACAGUAAAGCAUCCUGAGACCAUUCAUGUGUGAGGUUGCUUCUCAACCAAGGGAGUGGGCUCACUCACAAUUUUGCCUAAGAACACAGCCAUGAAUAAAGAAUGGUACCAACACAUUCUUCGAGAGCAACUUCUCCCAACCAUCCAGGAACAGUUUGGUGACGAACAAUGCCUUUUCCAGCAUGAUGGAGCACCUUGCCAUAAGAAACAAUUGAUAAAUAAGUGGCUCGGGGAACAAAACAUUGAUAUUUUGGGUCCAUAGCCAGGAAACUGCCCAGACCUUAAUCCCAUUGAGAACUUGUGGUCAAUCCUCAAGAGGCCGGUGGACAAACAAAAACCCACAAAUUCUGACAAACUUCAAGCAUUGAUUAUGCAAGAAUGGGCUGCCAUCAGUCAGGAUGUGGCCCAGAAGUUUAAUUGACAGCAUGCCAGGGCGGAUUGCAGAGGUCUUGAAAAAGAAGGGCCAACACUGCAAAUAUUGACUCUUUGCAUCAACUUCAUGUACUUCAUGUAAAAAGCCUUUGACACUUAUGAAAUGCUUGUAAUUAUACUUCAGUAUUCCAUAGUAACAUCUGACAAAAAUAUCUAGAGACACUGAAGCAGCAAACUUUGUGGAAAUUAAUAUUUGUGUCAUUCUCAAAACUUUUGGCCACGACUGUCCAUUACACCAACUCCUCUCUAUUAUGAUAUCAUUAGAAUUGCCAUUCAGAGGAUAUUGAAAUCCUUUUCUAUGGUGCCAGUAAAUGUAUUUUGUAACGCCUGUCAGAGCUGUGUAGGUCAGAGGGUUUUUCUUCACCAGGGCCACAUUAAGUAGCCAAACGUUGUCAAACGUUGCAGAUAGAAAUACCAAGAAUAGAGCUGACCUGAUUCCUUAUUCUACAUGUCAGACAGAGAUGUUUGUUUUACAUAGCAUAUUUUUUACAUGCUAUGUCCUGCUGAACGUGCCCCAUGUCUGUGAUUGUUUAUAAUGUGUUGCCAGGCCAGGGCCCAUCUCUAAUAAUGGAACAUCAUCACCCUACACCGUAAAACAAAGUGUUUAGGAUCUGAAUUUGGAUUUAAACGAGUCAAAUAAUUCCGAUGAAAACACGUCACAGUAUUUAUAUUGUAAACACCGCAACAUUUUUAUUCGCUGUAACACUUUUUAGUCACAUAAACACGUUUAUUCAGCACAAGGCAUUUCGGUUUUAAACACUGAGGAUUUUUGAACACUGCCCUAUUUGCAUACUGUACAACCCAGCAUGCCUUUUGAGUGAAUGUGAGCGAUACCCACCCAUGACUGUAUUUGUUAGUGACGGUGAAAUGGUUGUUUUGCGUUCAAUGAAGCGUUCACCAAGCGCCUGCCUAAGUUAAUGCCUUUCAAUUUAAAGUAAACCCUCUAUGACCACAAAUUAUACAUUUCAUAAGGCCUUUAGUUAUGGCUUAGUUAUCAUUGACAUUAAAGUCUGAUCCUGGCUCAUGGACCACAUCAGACCUGCAAGUCAAAAAAGGCUGGUUUGUGAAGUGAUUAGUAAUUCCUUCGGAAUACAGCCAGAAAAUUAUUAGCUAACCAUUUGAAUCUUUUAACACCCAAAACCUGCACUCAGAAUGACUGCUAUGGUGAAGGACUUCUUGUGAAUUUCCAGCAGACUAGAUGCUUAUGAUAUUUCUGCCUUUCUCAGUUCCCCUAAAAAAAGUAUUAUAAAAAAUUUAAAAAAGUAGGAAACCUUAAAUUGCACCACCAUCUAAACCUGCAGCUAUACACUAUCCCCUCCAAAAAUCCACCCCAUCACAUUACUUGGCCCUUAACAAUCUUACACCAGGCUGCAUGGGCACCCCCAUAGUUGACACAGUGCUUUCUCUAUCCCAACUGUACACUCAAUCUGACUGUUCCUUCCUGCACAUUUCUCACAUCGUCGAAUCUCCCUUCUACACACUGCUGCAACAUGUUAGAAUCAUUGGCACCUAAAGCACCGAAGUGGGUUCGGAACAUAGGCCCUCACAGAACAGCAAAUACAGUUCCUUCAGAAAGUAUUCAUACCUCUGGACUUAAUCCACAUUUUGUUGUGUUGCUGCUUAAAUUUCUCAGCCAUCUACACACAAUACCCCAUAAUGAUAAAGUAAAAGUUUUUUUUUUUAAUUGGGGUAAAUGUAUUGAAAAUGAAAUACAGAAAUAUCUAGUAUUCACACCCCUGAGUCCAUGCUUUCUACACCUGCAUUGCGCAACAUUUGCCCAUUAUUAUUUUCUAAAUUCUUCAAGCUCAGUCAAAUUGGUUGUUGAUCAUUUUCAGUUCUUGCCAUAUAUCUUCAAGUAGAUUUAAGUCAAAACUGUAACUCAGCCACUCAGAAACAUUCACUGUCUUCUUGGUAAGCAACUCCAAUGUAGAUUUGGCCUUAUGUUUUAGGUUAUUGUCCUGCUGAAAGGUGAAUGCAUCUCCCAGUGUCUGGUGGAAGCGGACAGAACCAGGUUUUCCUGUAGGAUUUUGCCUGUGCUAAGCUCCAUUACGUUUAUUUUUAUCCUGAAAAACUCCCCAGUCCAUAACGAUUGCAAGCAUAGCCAUAACACGAUGCAGCCACCACUAAAAAUGGACAGUGGUACUCAGUAAUGUGUUGUAUUGGAUUUGCCCAAAACAUUACAUUUGUAUUCAGGGCAAAAAGUGAAUUGCUUUGCCACAUUUUUUGCAGUAUUACUUCAGUGCCUUGUUGCAAACAGGAUGCAUGUUUUUAUUCUAUAAGGGCUUCUUUCUUUUCACUCUGUUCAAUUAGGUUAGUAUUGUGGAGUAACUACAAUGUUGUUGAUUCAUUCUUAGUUUUCCCCUAUCACCGCCAUGUGACUGUUUUAAAGUGACCAUUGAUUGGCCCCAUGAUGAAAUCCCUGAGCGGUUUGCUUCCUCCACGGCAACCGAGUUAGGAAGGAUGCCUGUAUCUUUGUAGUGACUGGGUGUAUUGAUACACCAUCCAAAGUGUCAUUAAUAACUUGCCAGCAAGAACCCUACUGUUAUUCCCCACACUUAAAGUAUUUAAUUGUUCCGCUUCUUCACAAUUUUGCCAGUGUCUGACAUGCCUACGUGUGUCUUUGAACAUUAUUUAUAUGUGACUAUGUAUUUUUUAAGCCAUUCACGGACAGUUUUGAAUAACUCCUACAAAUACACAUUGGAUAUUAAAUGCUCCGUGACAAUUUGGUAUAGUGCACAUGCUAGGCAACGAUGGUAGAGGGGGACUCACAAACGCAUCAUAUAUUUUGUCUAUGUAGAUUAAGAGGAGGGCAUGAGUUUUCAGCUAGUAUGAAUAAACCAACUGAAUAUUAAUAUACAGUACAUUUUGGAAGUAAUCAGACACAUGGACUUGAUUGGAGUCCACCUGUGGUAAAUUCACUUGAUUGGACAUGAUUUGGAAAGGCACACAUCUGUCUAUAUAAGGUCCCACAGUUAACAGCGCAUGUCAGAGCAAAAACAAGCCAUGAAGUCGAGGGAAUUGUCCGUAGUGCUCCGAGACAGGAUUGUGUCGAGGCACAGAUCUGGGGAAGGGUACCAAAACAUUUCGGCAGCAUUGAAGGUCCCCAAGAACACCGUGGCCUCCAUCAUUCUUAAAUGGAAGUAGUUUGGAACCACCAAGACUCUUACUAGAGCUGGCCGCCCGGCCAAACUGAGCAAUCGGGGAAGAAGGACCUUGGUCAGGGAGUUGACCAAGAACCAAAUGGUCACUCUGACAGGGCUCCAGAGUUCCUCUGUGGAGAUGGGAGAACCUUCCAGAAGGACAACCAUCUCUGCAGCACUCCAAUCAGGCCAUUAUGGUAGAAUGGCCAAACGGAAGCUACUCCGCAGUAGAAGGCACAUGACAGCCCACUUGGAGUUUGCCAAAAGGCACCUAAAGGACUCUAACCAUGAGACACAAGAUUCUCUGGUCUGAUGAAACUAAGAUUGAACUCUGGCCUGAACGCCAGAGUCACGUCAGGAGGAAACCUGGCACCAUUCCCGCGGUGAAGCAUGGUGGUGGAAGCAUCAUGCUGUGGGGAUGUUUUUUCAGCGGCAGGGACCAGGAGACUAGUCAGGAUCGAGGCAACGUACAGAGAGUUUCUUGAUGAAAACUUGCUCCAGAGAGAUCAGGACCUGACUGGGGCGAAGGUUCACUUUCCAACAGGACAACAACCCUAUGCACACAGCAAAGACAAUGCAGGAGUGGCUUAGGGGGAAAUCUAUGAAAGUUCUUGAGUGGCCCAGCCAGAGCCCAAUCGAACAUCUCUGGAGAGACCUGAAAAUAGCUGCACAGUGACACUCCCCAUCCAACCUGACAGAGCUUGAGAGGAUCUGCAGAGAAGAAUGGGAGAAACUCCCCAAAUACAGGUGUGCCAAGUUUGUAGUGUCAUACCCAAGAAGACUUGAGGCUGUAAUCACUUCCAAAGAUGCUUCAACAAAGUAAUGAGUAAAGGGUCUGGAUACUUAUGUAAAUGUGAUAUUUAGCCCUAUUUUAAAGAGAUUACAAAAUGUUUGAAAGCAGUCUAUGGACAAGGAAACCGCAAUCUAUGAUUUGAUUACCCACUGCCAUCAACCAUUAAUAUUAGUAUUUCUUGUGCAGAGAAUUCCCACUGACAAUCCCACUGUUCUCACAUUUGCCUGUCUCCCCAUCUAAUUUCAUUACUGUCUGAAUAAAGUGUCAAACCACCCCAAAAAUAUGUUGAACAAAAUAUUAGCUUACUUUUAAAUGUCAUCCCCCACAAAUCUCAAAUUAACAAAGUCGUUCAAUUUUGUGUUCAUUUAAUGUUCAAAUUAUUCCGAAUACACCUGACCUGUGUUUUUUCCCCACCCUGUUCAUAGGCCUGAGCCAUAUAGAAAUACAGCUUUCUUCAAAAGUUGCCAGCCCUGGUGUAGUAAUAUUAUUUGUAUCCUAGAAAACCAGUUGCAAUGCUAGCCUGGUUGGUUAGCUUUAGCUACCUGCAGAUCCAUGCAUGGUGCAUGGGAGUAUGAGUUGGGAUUAUGGUUCAUUGUCUAGCUAGCUAGCUAGCUAGAAGUCGAAACAAAAUACUCCACUAUGCAAGUAACCAUUCUACUGUACCAUUUACACCUUCUGUAUCCUGUGCAUGUGACAAAUAAACUUUGAUUUGAUUUGA